AUGGGCGGAGGAAACACCGUGGUCUUCGUGAGGAACCUCCCCUACUCCACCACCGACGCGUCGCUGACGGAGGCGUUCAGCAACGAGUUCGGUCCCGUGAAGGAGGCCUUCAUCGUGGCGGAGAAGGGCCCCGGGGGCAAGUCCAAGGGGUACGGCUUCGUGUACUUCGCGCUCGCGGAGGAUGCGGCGUCGGCGGUGGCCAAGAGCAAGUCGUUCAAGGUGGACGGCCGCGCGGUGACCAUUGACACCGCCAACAGGAAGGCCCCGGUCAUCAAGGGGUUCACCGGCAAAUCUCGCCUGAGCGGCGGCGGCGGCGACGGCGAGACCGCGGACGAGAAGGCGUCGCGCGCGGCGCUCGCCGUCCUCCGGGGCGAGGCCCCUCCCCCCGGCGACAGCGACAGCGACGCGCCCAAGGAGGAGUUCAAGCUCACCGGACCGGUGCACGGCGACUUCCUCGCCAAGCCCAAGCAGCCCAGGCCCGCGCGCAGGUCCGCGCCCGCGUCGCAUCCCGCGCUCGCCGCCGACAGGGCGCCCCGGACCGUCGCGCUCGCGGGCCUGAGGCUGGCGGGCGAGCCCGAGGGUAUCGACCCGGACGCCGCCCUGGACGCCGCGCGCGCGUGCGGCGACGUCGAGGAGGUCACCUCCCCGGCGCCCAAGGAUGUAGUCGACGCCGCGCACCUACGCCACGACGGCGCGACGAGGGGAGUGCUGUUAAUAACGUACGCCUCCGAGGAUGUCGCGCGAACGGCGGUGACGAGGCUGCACAACACGAUGCCCGGCGUGGGCAAGCGCAAGGCGCAGAGGGUCAAGGCGCAGCUUAAAGAGGGGGGCGUGGCGGCCGCCAACGCCGCCAACCGCGGCAGGGCCGGCGCGGGUCCCGACGCGGGGGACACACGCGCGGUUGAGCUCCUGUGGGCGCGUCAGCUCGGUCACUGCGAGGGCGCCAGGCCCAAGAGCUGGCGCGUCAUCAUCCGCAACCUCGCGUUCAAGGCGACGGAGGAGGAUAUACGGACCGCGAUGUCUAAAGCCGGGUUCGUGUGGGACCUCACCGUGCCGAGGGACUUCCACAACAAGCCCAAGGGUUUCGCGUUUGCCGCGUUUACCGCCAAGUCCGACGCGGAGCGCGCGGUGAAGGAGGUCAACAUGACCAACAUCGCGGGCAGGCCCGUGGCGGUGGACUGGGCGCUGUCCAAGACCAAGUACGCGGAGGCGCAGCAGAAGGCUGAGGAGGGGGCGGCGACUGGGACCGGCACGGGGUCCGAGGAUGACGACGACGACUCCGACGAUGAAGACGAGGAAAUGGACGUCGACUCUGAGGACGGCUCAGACGUCGACUCCGACGAUGAGAACCCGGCGGAGGCGACCGGAACAAAAGUGAAACACGCCAACAGGAGGGAAGCCAGGGAGGCGGCCAGGGCUGAGAGGAUCGCCAAGGCCAAGGAGGCCGCCGGGAAGCGCGACGCGAAGAAGGGCCGCGCCCGCGCGGAACAUUCCGACUCGGGCUCCGACUCGGGCUCCGACGGGGACGAGGACGACGACGACGACGAGCCGCCGCCGCCGAGGUUUGCAAAAAAAACGGACGCCGCCGCCGAGGGAUGCAGCGUCUUCAUACGCGACGUACCCACCGAGUGCAACAAACAGAUGUUGUUCGAGCGCAUGAGCAAGUUCGGUAAGGUUCGGUCCUGCCGCAUGGUCAUGGACAAGGCUUCGGGACGGCCGAAGGGAACCGCGUUUGUGGACUUUGUCAAACCGGACGCGGCAAAGACGGCGGUGGAAGCCGCCGGGAAGGUUGAGGGCGGCGGGGUGAAGGUGGCCGGACGAAGGGUGACCUUGGCGCUCGCCGUGAGCGCCUCCGAGGCUGCGUCACUCGCGACGCAGCGGACUAAGGAUGCGGCACCCGGCAAGGGUAAGCGCGACGGCCCGAGGGACAAUCGCAACCUCUACCUCGCGUCGGAGGGUCAAAUCCACGAGGAGGGACCCGCGGCGCAGGGCGUGUCCCAGGCGGACAUCAUGAAACGCCGUCGCGCCAAGGAGGAACAGGCGCUCAAGCUCAAGAACCCCAACUUCUUCAUCUCCAGGACGCGCCUGCAGGUGCGAAACGUCCCUCCCGAGGUUGACCAGAAGGAGCUCAAGAAGAUCUUCCUCGAGGCGGUCAAGAAGCGGGCCACGCAGGCCAACCCGAGGGUCAUGCACGCCAAACUCCUGUACGAUCCCACCAGGCCGGAUGCCGAGGGUAAACCCAGGUCGAGGGGCAUCGGUUUUGUCGAGUUCGCCGAGCACGAACACGCCCUCGCUGCGCUUCGCGCCCUGAACAACAACCCGGAGGUUUUUAACAAGGCUAGGCGGCCGAUCAUCGAGUUUGCCGUCGAGGACGCGCGCGCGGUGAAGAAGCUCGAGCGACGCAGGGACGGUCUGAAGCAGAAACAGAACCAGUACGACGCGGACAGGAAGGCCAAGGCCAACGCCGAGGCUGCGGCGACUGCCGCGAAGGGUGCGCAGAAGCCCCUCGCCAAAAAGAAUGGCAAGGGCGCCAACGGUAAGACCGCGGACGGCAAGGACGGGGACGCGAACGGCGCCGCGGGCGAGGCCAAGCCCAAGCCCAAGAACCCGAACAAGAAGCCCAAGGUUGGCAGCAAGAAGCGCAGGGCCGAGCGCGAGGCUAAGCUCGCGGCGCUGGGGUCUGGUCCGGGUGCAGGGUCGGGCGCAAAGUUGGAAAAAUCGGAGGGCGGAAAGUCGGGAGAAUCGGAGGCUCGAGCGGCUAAGCGGCCGAAGGUGGCGGCGGCGGCCCCGCAGGCCGACACGGGACUGAGCAGGAGGGGGAAUAAGAAGGGCGAGAGCCGCGGGAACGACAAGCGCGAUCGUUUCGACGAGCUGGCGGACCGCUACAUGAGCAAUCGGUGAUGA